AUGGAUACAUUAGCUAUCGUAUUUGUUGGCAAUUCCACGGUAUUGUCAAGUCGAUUGGAGACACCCUUUUCCCUCCCACUUGUCGGCUUGCGAUUAACCAUAGACUGCUGGACCAACGACUACAGCCAAAGUCCUUUGGAAGUUCACAACAAAACAUUCCAAGAUGUACUCAAUCAGCUAGAGUCGUACAGUGGCUAUAUCGAUUUCCCCGAGGUGUUUAACUCAAAUCUGCCCUCAACCCUCAAGCAACUUGAGCUCAAGAUCCACUGUACAGAUGACGAAGGCGACAACUCUCCGUCCAGGAUACUGGCGCCUUUCAUACGGCUCUCAAACGAUUAUCCACACCUAGAGUCACUCUCUUUGCACUUUGAACUGGAAGCAGAAUCGAUUGGUGAUUAUUAUGAGGACAAGGACACGCUGUACCUCGCAGCUCUCAACUAUCCAAGCCACCCUUACAGUAUCAUUUGCCGCAGCUUGCUCAACUCAACGCUCACCAGCUUGCGAUCACUCACACUCGCAGAUUCCGUUCCAGGCCAGUUAACAUUCACUACACAUAUGUACCGAGCGCCUCGCCUCCUCUUUGACAGCAUCCUCCACUUUGCACCGUCACUCCAACGACUAUCAUUGAGAAUGUGCAAUGAUGCCAGCGACUUUGGUGAGCACAUACUCUUCUAUACCGAGUUGAAACACUACCUUGAGAGGACAACAACUCUCAAGUGCCUGGUCCUGCCUGCAGUGUUGGCAACAUCUAUGGCAGGUGAGCCUCAAGAGUUAGUCAAAUACCUGGUACAAGAUGCAUCGAUCGAGAUUGAAGGUGAGAUACUAAUGGAAUACAUGGCGCCAAUCACACGUCCAUUACUAUCACUGUCGAUCAGGUUUGAAGAUAGUGUCGAUCCAGUCGAUGAUAUAUUGGAGAUUUACGAAUCACUUAACAUGGUCAAGCAUCUCCAAGUGACACCCUCCAGGAGUGACCUUGACUUUAUCCCACACAUUGGCAGUGAGACAACGCUCACUCUGACAACUGUUGUGCAUUGCGACCGUCUGUGUCAAUUGCUUGCAGAGAACCAUCGGAUCACCACCCUAUACAUCAAUCCAAGAGCGGAAGGAAAAGGUGACAAGAACAACAAAGAGAAGUUCCAAGCUAUUAUCGAUGUUCAUCCAUCAAUCAAGAACAAGGACUCUGUGUUUGUUGACAAUGUUUGGCCGACUCUGUUUUAA